GAAUACCGCCAAUGGAAGCAUCAACGACUGCACCAUCGACUCCUGGACCAGCUACGACAAGCUUCUCGUGCUGGCCCAUCUCAACAAGGAACAACCAACCGAGAGCUGCUGCAGCUACUGGAGACGUUCGGUGCUGGCCACGAGCAGGCUGGUGCAUUAGCCAAGGGCUCUCGCUUCACCCACACUCAGCAUUUGGCCUACAAGCAGGAUGCAGAAAUCCCAACACAGGUGGAGACUUUGCCAAACUCUCGGACCUCGGAACAGGAGUUCCGGGAAAACCAGGCAGCAGAACUGGAAAAUUUAGAAGGUGAACUGAGCCAUCUCAUAGCACAGAUUGAGGAACUGGAGGGCCAGAUGUCCACACUGGGGCUGACCCUAACACAGGUGCUGGUUGAGAGCAGUGCGCAAAGAGUCAUCCAGCUGGCGGCCCAGUGGGAGAAACAUCGGGUGCCACUCAUCCAGGAGUUCCGAGAACUGAAGGCUCUCCACGAUUCCAAGGAGAUGGAAUCAUCACAGCGCUUGUUGGAGAUCAGGGAGCUGCACGAGAGGAUCCGAUUGGCCGCUGAUGAGACUAAGCGGAAGGAUGACCUCUACAAACAACUGCUUGUAGAGGUGGAAUCUCUUCCCAAAGAUAUCUCUCGCUCUGCCUAUACCCAGCGCAUCCUGGAGAUUGUUGGAAACAUCUGUAAGCAGAAGGAAGAGAUCACAAAG